UAAGCAUGCUAUUGUUUCAACCUAUUGAUACUGGUCUUAAUAAUGAUGGAGGAACAUAUACCUGUCAAAUGAUCAUCAAUUCUGGUAACUCACUAAUAGCAUCAAGUCAAGCUAGUACAACUCAUACUGUUACUGUUGAAAGUCUUCCUCCAAUGACAGUAAAUUUCUCAUCAGUUGGUUCAGUUGAAUUUGGUCAGAGUCUAACUAUAACAUGUACCAUAACAACCGUUAAGAGAUUAGUAGUAACACCAAUGGUUACUGUCAUUAAAAUGAAUGAUACAGAUAUGGAAAUCCUCUCUAACUUAAAUAGACCAUACAGUAUCACAACAGAUGAUACUGGUUCAGUUACUAACUAUACUCUAAUACUGGAUCCAGUGAGGUUUGAAGAUGCUGGAAUGUAUACAUGUAUGGCUGAGUUUAAUGUAACUGGUUUUAAUAAUACCAAUGAUCCUAACACUGCUACUUAUGAUUAUCAAGAGGCUAGUGAUAGUUUUCUCUUGACUGUUGUCUUACCUUUACCACAAGUGUCUAUAUCUCCUGAUGAUAAUUCUCCUUUUAUUCGUGGAACUGUUAGAACUGUUAGCUGUUCUGUUGUUUUUACUUCUCCUUUACCUACUAAUCCUAAUGUUUCAUUUACUGUCUUCAAAGAUGAUAUCCAAUUGUCAUUUGUGAACAGUUCCAGAGUAAUAGCAGUUCAGACUGGAACUACUGGCGCUCUUACCUUUCAACCACUCAAUUUCUCUGAUGCUGGUAAUUAUACAUGUACUGCUACAGCAAGAGAUGAUGCUAAUAAUCCAUUAAUAAUACCAAGCAGUGCUUCUGAUGAAUAUAUUGCUACUGUACAAGCCAUUCCUGUUCCUAAUAUCACAUUCACUACUACUAUUGGUAGAUCACUGGGAGAGAGUUUAACUCAUAAUUGUACAGUUGAUGUGCUAGAUGACCUAUACAAUAUUAAUGUUACCAGCAGUAUAGUAAGAAAUGGAGAACUCAUUACUAGUACUACUGGAUCUGGUGAUACUACAGCAAUGAUUAGAAUUAAUUCAUUAAAGUCAUCUGAUGCUGGAGACUAUCAAUGUAUUUUUAAUAUCACUCAACCUGAUAUAGACUAUGAAUUUAAUGGAAUAGAAUCUGCCCAAGUGAUAUUAACAGUACCAACUCCUUCAGUUAUUGUUGAACAUAAUGCUACUGGGCAUUUAGUAGAUGGAGAACUAGCAGAAGGACAGUUUCUUGAUAUUAUGUGUAUAGCUGACAUCAGUCAAUAUAUUGAUACUAGUGUUAGUGUUACUAUGAGUUGGAGGAGAAAUAACACUGUACUGACCAAUGGAAGUGAUUUUACUAUCAGUCCUCCAGUUAUGACUAGUAAUCAGUACACUGGUGUGUUACGUAUUAAUAGUUUAAGAGAUGAGCUUGAUAAUGGUGCUAGUUAUAAUUGUUCAGUUAGUGUGACUCCUAAUACUCCUUUUAUAAUAGCAGGGAAUGAUAAUAGCAGUGCAGUUACAUUAACUGUAGCAAGGUUUGAUAUCAAUCAUGUUGAUAUAAGUAUCAAUAUUCCUUCUGUUCCUGUUGCUGGUGAUUUAUUCAAUUUAUCUUGUGUCAUAGUUGUACCUCCUAAUUUUGUGGAGAAUCUUACUAGUGUCAGAUGGACUUAUGAUUUAGAAGCAUCUCAAGAUGUGACUAGUGAAAACGAUGAUGCUACACUAGUACCUGUUGUUAGAAAUGGAAAUAUAUUCACCAGUGUACUUACACUUGAUCCAGUGAAGACAACUGAUGCUAGACAGUAUUACUGUCAAGCAACAAUUCUAGUAUUUGGUACUGUAGAUCGUACUAACAGAGAUUUAACUGUUAAAAUAUCUCCUCCCAGUGUAUCAAUAGUUGCUAAUCCUCCAACUGGUCCAAUAUAUGAGAGUACAAGUUACUUACUAACUUGUACAGCUACAGUAAACACUACAAUAGUGAAUACACCAGUAACUGCUAGUGUAGUAUGGACUGAUCCUAGUGGUAAUGUAAUACCAACUAAUGAAUCAAGACGUCAAGUGAUACCUCCAACUGGUAACAGUCUUGUAAGCAUGCUAUUGUUUCAACCUAUUGAUACUGGUCUUAAUAAUGAUGGAGGAACAUAUACCAGUCAAAUGAUCGUCAAUUCUGGUAACUCAUUAAUAGCAUCAAGUCAACCUACUGAUACUACCCUUCCUGUUAUUGUUGAAAGUCUUCCUCCAAUGACAGUAGAUUUCUCAUCAGUUGGUUCAGUUGAAGUUGGUCAGAGUCUAACUAUAACAUGUACCAUAACAACAGUUGAGAGAUUAGUAGUAACACCAUUGAUUAAUUUCACCAAAAUGAAUGGGAUAAAUUUUGAAAUGCUCUUUAACUUAAAUAGACCAUACAGUAUCACAAGAGAUGAUACUGGUUCAGUUACUAACUAUACUCUAAUACUGGAUCCAGUGAGGUUUGAAGAUGCUGGAAUCACUGCUACUUAUGAUUCUCAAGAUGAUAGUGAUACCUUUAAUUUAACUUUUGACUUCCCUCCAGUGCUUGUUACUAUAUCAAAGGAACGUGAUGAUACAUUAUAUGCAGGGACACCAUUCUUCAUUAAAUGUGACAUAAUGUUAGAUCCAUUAGUUACUAUACCAGUGACUGUCACUAAUCAAUGGACACAUGAUGGUACUAAUGUUCCUAUGGGUUCAUCUGAUGCUACUAUUACUGAGGGUCUCAAUAUGAUCAAUACAUUACAUUAUAAUGCAACAUUAAUGUUCUAUCCAUUGGAUAAUGCUGAUGAUAGUGGAGUGUAUACUUGUAAUGUUAAAGUGACUGCUCCUAAUAGUUACAUGUAUCUCAGGAAUACAUCAGCUAAUGCUAAUACUUCUAUUGCAGUAAAUGCUGCUCCAGUGCCAGUAGUAGAGAUAGUAACUAUGGGUAUUGCUGAACCUGGUGAAGAAUACAUGUUAAAUUGUACAGUGACAGUUGUUGAUAGACUCAUAGUCUCACCAGUGAUAACAUGGACUAAGAGAUCAGCUAACAAUGUUAUUAGUGUACCUCCAGUUCUUAUGACUGUAUCUAAUGUAAUGAGUUCUCUUUAUUUGAGAUUCUCUUCUCUCAAUACUUCUGAUGCUGGUCUGUAUACUUGUGAAGCCUCCAUUAAUAUUAGUCAAAUAUCCAUGGUAGCAAGGAGUAAUGAAUCUUGGAAUUUACAAUUAAAAAGUAAGCAGUACUAA